AGUAAAACGUCACCGGAUCCACUUCACGUUUUUCCCUGCGCCCUUAUUAAGCGCUGUGUGGAAGGAUUAGAGGAAAUAACAAGGCACAACAAAACAAGAAGGGCUGCAUGCAGAAUACACUGAAAACGUUGGGGUGCUGACCGAAGAAGAAAAUCGAGAAAUCAGGACGUAUUUCUUUGUUGUUGCUGCUGCUGCUGCGUCCCGGAGCAUCAUCUGUAGCUGCCUCCGCCGGAGGAUGCUGCGUCUCUUGAACCGCUGCUAUCUGCUCUUAAUCUGUGCAGUCUCCUCAGUUGUCUCUCACUGUGAAUCUUACAACGUGUGACGGGUGGAAGAAGCUGAGCGAACAGGCUUCCGGGGAGCACAAAGGUUGAAUGAACGUUUAGAAGGUUUUCCCUGAGCAUCUGCAAGGCUUUUCCUGCGCGCAGUCCUCCUCAGUCGAAUCACUGCUGACUUCUGUUAGACGCAAAGGAAGGGGAAAAAAUACCGACUUGAUAAUCUCCUCACUGUUAAAUUAUUUAGGAGUAGCCCAUCGGUUCCUCAAGAUCAACCUAUGCUGGUGUCUUUGUCUUACAUCUUCCGUGCGUGAUCUUAAACGCCGGCUUGCAGUGGCGUUAACACGGAUGAAAGCCGAUGGCCAGGCGCCCCAUUUUUCCACAGAAGGGGGAUGCAACCUAAAAUAACCCCGGCGCCAAAUGGUGUGCCGAUGUAACACUCUUGCUGAAUUAUCCCUGCAGCUUUCCGCGCAUCGCAAGCCGAGGGAGCCCUGAAUCUGUGACACGUACGGCAUCUCCGGAGACUCUCCCCCCCUGCCCCCCUCCUGUCCCUCCACCACUCGGAGCCCGGACACCGGCGACUUUUUAAUGGCUUUUGUCUUCAGAAGAUGGAGGGUUUUACUGGUGCUGAACGUGCUUGCGGUUGCUGGGUUCAUGACUUUCUGGGCCAAGUGCAACACGCGCAGCGCCCAAGCCUCCGCUCCAGAGGCUCCGGCGGACGGGAAGAGGCCCCGGGGCAACGGGACGGCGCAGGGGCCCAGCAUCAGCCAUGAGGUGCUGCUGAAGAGGCUCAGCUCGCUGGAGGAUGUGGUGUACAGGCAGUUAAACGGUCUGUCCAAAUCUCUGGGCCUGAUCGAGGGUUUCGGGGGUCGGGGUAAAGCCGGCAUCCCUGCCACGCUGUCGCCAGCUGAGGAGAGCGACGCUAAAUACCUGAGGGAGAAGUACGGCUACAACGCCUACCUCAGUGACAGAAUCUCUCUGGAUCGGACCAUACCGGACCACCGGCCCAGCAAAUGCAGAAAGGUCAGCUACCCAAGAGAUCUCCCCAAGAUGUCCCUCAUCUUCAUCUUCGUCAACGAGGCUCUGUCGGUGAUCCUGCGCUCAGUCCACUCAGCUGUCAAUCACACUCCAGCUCACUUGCUUAAAGAAAUCAUCCUGGUGGACGACAACAGUGAUGACGAGCAGCUGAAAGGACCACUGGAAGAGUACGUGAACAAACGCUACCCCGGCCUGGUGAAGAUUGUCAGGAACCAGAAGAGAGAGGGACUGAUCCGAGCCAGGAUUGAGGGCUGGAAGGUGGCCACCGCCGAGGUGACGGGAUUUUUUGACGCCCAUGUGGAGUUCACCCCAUCCUGGGCCGAGCCGGUUCUGGCCAGAAUAAAAGAGGAUCACAAGAGGAUUAUUCUGCCUUCCAUCGAUAACAUCAAGCAUGACACGUUCGAGGUGGAGCGCUACGAGAACUCAGGCCAUGGCUACAACUGGGAGCUGUGGUGCAUGUACAUCAACCCGCCCAAACAGUGGUGGGAUGAGGGGGACAUAUCUGCUCCCAUCAGGACUCCCGCCAUGAUUGGCUGCUCCUUCGUGGCCAACCGUGACUACUUUGGCGAGCUCGGCCUGCUCGACUCAGGCAUGGACGUCUAUGGAGGGGAGAACAUUGAAUUGGGCAUCAGGGUGUGGCUAUGCGGAGGCAGUAUGGAGGUGCUGCCAUGUUCCAGGGUGGCUCACAUUGCACGGAUGAAGAAACCCUACCAUAGUAACAUAGCUUUCCACACACGACGUAACGCUCUACGCGUGGCUGAGGUCUGGAUGGAUGAGUACAAGUCCAACGUUUAUCUGGCCUGGAACAUCCCUGUGGAGAACCACGGUAUUGAUUACGGUGACAUCUCUCAGAGGGUUGCACUGAGGAAGAGUCUGCAGUGUAAGAGCUUUGAGUGGUACCUCGACAAUGUUUACCCAGAGAUGAGGAGGUAUAACAACACGCUGUUCUACGGCGAGAUUCGUAACUCUAAAGCGAGCCACCUGUGUAUGGAUCAGGGUAUGAAGGAGAACCACACGGCCACCCUGCACCCCUGCCAUGGCUGGGGUCCUCAGUUAGGACGUUACAGCAAAGAGGGUCAGCUAUUCCUGGGCCCUCUGGGCAGCACCGGGGAGGACACUCGCUGUGUGGUGGACGAUCAGAUCAGCACCUUUCCUCAGCUCCUCAACUGUGACAAGAUUACCAACGUUAAGCAAAAGACAUGGCAUUUCUCUCAGAAUGAAUCGAUCAUAAAUAGAGCCACAGGCCGCUGCCUGGAGGUUGUGCCGGCUAACGUUUACUUCGGCCACCUGCUGGUCCUGCAGCCCUGCUCCGGGCAGAGGUGGACCAUCAAGAACACCAUGAAGCAGUAGUCGACUGGGACCAAUCCAAUGACACCAGAGGCCAUUUUCAGGAGCUGUCAGGUCCCUGACGGCUGAGGGACAACUGAUGAGGCAGAGGCUCCUCGUCUUCUCAAGAAAAUACAGAGAUGGUUUCAAAGAGAUAUGAGCUGUGAACAUCUCAGUGAUACGAGUUUUGUGAAAUUUCUUUCUUUUUUUUUUUACAAAGCGGACAUUCAUAAUGAUGCAAGUUUAGCAUGAGGACUGUUUCUCUCUCCAUCUGAAUUUGACAAACUUUCGAUGUGACAUUGUCAUAAUUCCUGUGCCACUUCUCUUCGAUGUUUUUAGGUUUAAGGAUGAAGAUUUGAUCAGCCAAAACCGUGUUCUGUCUUAUGUUAGGCAAAAAAUAAGGUUUCUAUCUUCAACCUCAAAACAUGUCUGCAUUAUCUCAUUCUGUAUCAUGUCAUGUCUUUCAAACUGUGUAAAAGAAUAAAACACCUGGAAUUAAAUUUUCAGUAAUAUGCACUGAUCAGAACUCAUUGGUAGUGUGUAAUAGGCUUCAUUAGGGGUUUUAAGUUACCUGAAAAUGAAGGAGUUCCUACUUAUGACUUCUUACAGAAGCCCUGUAAAUAUCUAUAAUUUGAAGAAAAAGGCAUUAACAAUAAAUAUUACUUGAUGUAUCUGAGCCAAUUUCUUUGGAUUUAUUGUAAAUCAUCUCAAAAAUCCCAUUGUCGAGGGCUACUGGGCUAAAUCAUGGUUUUAUAUGGUGUGGAUGCAUUUGUCUUUUUUUAUUGUCAUUUUGACUGAAAGCAUUCAAUAGUACCAAAUGCAGUACAUCUUGUAGCAUGAUUGUAAGUACUGUAUGCACAUGGGGACAAGGCUUACUUGAGCUGAGCCAAUUUAUUCUGUUACCUGCUGAGUGCCAUAACUACUGCAGAAGGCCAAAACUACUAGGCUGCAGCCUGAAGCACUUUUUGGGAUACAGAGAUAGAGCUGCAGCCUAUGAAAGCAAGAUUGAAUCAGGAAUGGAAAAGUGCACAAGUGUAUCAAAUGUGGAAAUGCUGGAGGCCUUUGAGGCUGGUAUUAUUAAUGUAUUGAGAUGUGUAUAAUGUCAUGUAUUCAAUUAAUUUAAUGUUAUCAGUUGGAUUUUUGCACCCAAGAUUGUCUUCCAAUAAACAACUGUUUUCUUGG